AUGCAGUGGAGUGUUACUUCUGUGAUUGUAUUUCUGCUUAUUGAUGGGCAUAAUUCUCUAGAAAAUGGUCUCCUAAGAAAACCCCCUAUGGGUUGGUUAACAUGGCAAAGGUUUCGUUGUGUAACUGAUUGUCGACAAUUUCCGGAUACAUGUAUUAGUGAAAAAUUAAUUCGAACUCAAGCGAAGUUAUUAGUUGAUGGUGGAUAUUUAGCUGCUGGAUAUGAAUAUAUUAUUAUUGAUGAUUGUUGGCUGAAUAAUACACGAGCAGCUGAUGGUUCAUUACAACCCGAUGACGAUCGAUUUCCAAGUGGAAUUCGUUCAUUAGCUGAUUAUGUGCAUUCAUUAGGAUUAAAAUUUGGUAUCUAUGAAGAUUAUGGUACACAAACAUGUGCUGGUUAUCCAGGUGUUUUAGGACAUUUAGAACAAGAUGCUCAAACAUUUGCUUCAUGGAAAGUUGAUUAUCUGAAAUUAGAUGGCUGUAAUGCUGAUAUCAAAGAUUUCGACACUGGUUAUCCAUCGAUGGGACAUGCAUUAAAUGCAACGGGUUAUCCAAUAGCGUAUUCAUGUUCGUGGCCAGCUUAUCAAGAAUUUUCGAAAAUGAAACCAAAUUAUGCGGCUAUAUCUCAAGCAUGUAAUCUAUGGAGAAAUUGGGGCGACAUUGAUGACUCAUGGGAUAGUGUUUACUCAAUAAUACAAUGGUUUGGAGAUAAUCAAGAUCGUCUAGCACCAUUUCAUGGUCCAGGACAUUGGAAUGACCCUGAUAUGAUCGUCGUAGGUAAUUACGGUUUAAGUCCGGGUCAAUCUCGAGCACAGAUGGCACUUUGGUCAAUUAUGGCUGCACCACUCAUACUUUCAGUUGAUCUAAGAGCAAUCAGCGAAUGGGCACGUGAGAUUAUUUUAAAUAAAAAUUUAAUUUCAAUCAAUCAAGAUCCACUUGGACAAAUGGGACGACGUAUUGUUAAACUCGAUGGUAAUGUUGAAAUCUGGAGUAAAACUUUGAUUGAUGAUCGUACUGCUUUUGUUGCACUUUUUCCUCAACCAUACGGCACGCCCAUUCAACUAAGCGUAAAUCUUACUGAUCUUGGUUUAGGUCGUUUUGAUGAAUAUGAUUUCUUUGAAACAUUUCACGGCGAAUUUCUUGGCAAAUAUCAUAAAAAUGAACGAUAUAGUUUUACAAUUAAUCCGUCGGGAGAUGUGCAUGCUUUUUAUGUUGAAUCAGCUAUUGCAAAAACACUUCGUUUCAAAGUAUGA